UCUCCACUCUCUGCUCUACGACUCUACAUCAGCGUCACCUUUCUUCUUCUUCCUCUAUAAGCUUUCACAAAUAGCACCAUCUGUUAGUAUUCCUUCUUUCAACCAUAGCCCAUUUUCUCAAGUUCUUUUUUGGGUCUGUAGAAGAAAGUUUUUGGCUUUUAAAUCAACUGGGUUUAAGUUUUAAUGGGACCCAUAAGGGGAUUAAAGAGGAAGAAGAAGGCAGACAAAGAUGUUGACCAUUAUACCCUUCUUCGUUCCCCGUUAUCUCAACCUUGUCCUUCAGAUUGGUGGGACGACUUUUCCAAAAGGAUUUCUGGGACUUCAGUAAAGAAGGGAAAUUCAGUUACAUUUGAAUCGCUGUUCAAACUUUCAAGGAAGACAUUUAACUACAUCUGUUCACUUGUGAAAGAAGAGAUGAUGGCAAAACCAACGAACUUAACUGAUCUCAGCGGCAAGUUUUUGUCUCUAGAUGACCGAGUUGCUGUUGCUUUGAGAAGGCUUAGUUCAGGCGACUCACUUUCAAGUGUCGGUGAAUCUCUUGGAAUAAACCAGUCAACUGUCUCUCAAAUAACUUGGCGAUUCGUGGAAGCCAUGGAACACAGAGGCCUUCACCAUAUCCAUUGGCCUUCAAAUCAAGAAGAUAUGAAAAACAUAAAAUCGAAAUUUGAAAAUAUCCAAGGCCUUCCCAAUUGUUGUGGUGCCAUUGACACCACACAUAUCAUGUUUUGCCUAUCGACAGACGUCCCUUCAAGUAAAAUCUGGUCCGAUUUGGAAAAAAAUCACAGUAUGCUUUUACAAGCAAUUGUUGACCCUGACAUGAGAUUCCUUGAUGUUGUCGCUGGUUGGCCUGGAAGUCUAAGCGACUCGGAGGUGCUCAAAAGCUCAAGAAUUUUCACACUCACAGAAGAAGGAAAAAGGCUAAGUGGAAACAAAAUUAAGCUCUCAGAUGACACAGAACUGAGAGAAUACAUCGUUGGAGACUCGGGAUUUCCCCUUUUGCCAUGGCUUCUUACUCCUUAUGUUGGGCGCGGACUAUCUGAUUAUGAAGCUGAUUACAAUAAGCGACAUUUUGCAAUGAGGAAAGUAGCACAGAGAGCUUUAGCCAGGUUAAAAGAUAAAUGGAAAAUAAUACAAGGAGUAAUGUGGAGGCCUGAUAAGCAUAAGUUACCACGGAUUAUUCUUGUAUGCUGCUUGCUACACAAUAUUGUCAUCGAUUUAAACGAUGGAGUUGACGACAAAGUGCCAUUAACUCAUCAUCAUGAUCCUGAUUAUGGGCAACAAGUUGGUGAUUCUACUGAUAAAUCUUCUUCAAUUCAAAGAGAGAAACUUGCUCUCUACUUAGCUAACAAGCUGCAAUCUUAACUAUGUCCUAGGUUGUUCUUCUUACUAGUGAGAUAUGCUCAACCAUUCUUUGUAGUUCCAAAAGCUGGCAAAAUUAGUCAGUUUAUGAUCCCAUGUAGUUUUAUGUCAAGUGAAAGUACCAUCUUGUGAAAAGACACCAACUAUUAACAACUGUGAAUUUUCAUGAUGUUAGUUAUACUGCCCAAAUUAAUA